CUUGCCAGAGACAAACUCCAAGUAAUUCGAAGCGAAACCCUUGAGAAAGGGCCAAGGAAGGACAAGACAGACCAAGACCAGAAUGGUGCUCGUGCUGAAUGGUGUGCUGCAGGACGACUGUCCCAUGGACACCAACAGCCUGUUCCUGCAGCAUCCCGUCUACAGAGACUACGCCCAGCAGCUGCACUCCAUCCAGGCCAAGUCGGUGGGUCCGGUGGGUCUGCUCUACGUGGGUCAGCGGGAACUGGCCGCCUCCGCUCCGCACGACAAGCACGUCAACAUCAUCGGCGCCGACGAUGCCACCACCUGUAUUAUCGUCGUGGUCCGACACUCGGGAUCUGGCGCAGUGGCUCUCGCUCACUUCGAUGGCAGCGGCGUCGACGAGGCUGUGUGCACCAUGGUGUCGCGGGUUCAGGAGCUGGCCGUCGGCUAUCCGGAGGGUCGCAUCGAGUUGCAGUUGAUUGGUGGCUAUCGGGAUGCCAAGGGCUACGGCGAGGACGUCUUCUUUAGCAUCAUGCAAUCAUUCCACAAUCACCUGCUUGAGAUCGAUCUGACGCAGGCGUGCGUAGGCGAGCUGAAUACCAUGAUGCGUGGCGAGAUCAGCUGCCCGAUCAUUUACGGUGUGGGAGUCAACAUCAAGACUGGUGAGAUCUUUCCGGCCUCAUUUCCGGAUCGAGGACCGGAUCGGGAACUUCGCGAUGCUCGCAUUUUUAUGGGGGCGCAGUCGGUCCUGGAUGUAUACGACUCCUCGUUAGGCAUGCUUCGUAUUGGACCCUUCAACUAUGAUCCGCUGCGCGGCGCCGAUCUGUGGCUAUCCCAAACGGAUGAGUUUCUUCUGCAGCACCUGUCCUCCAGUCCCGACGUGGAGCCGCCUCACUUUGCGCCUCAGACGCGUGCAACUAUUAGGUUUAUACAGGAGAACCAGUUUCCCGCCGUCACCGUCUUCAGGGACAAUCGGCCUCGCUACUUCCGGCGGGAUGACGCCACGGGCUUCUGGGUGCUGAUACAAGAUUGAGUUCCGACGCUGGAGACGGUUGCUUGGGACGAGCCUUAGAAAUGGAUCUGAACUGGAAACGUGAACGCGAUAAAUAAUUAUUAAAAUUGUAUGUGCACAUGUGCAUGUAAAUAUUUAUGUGAACCUUAUUAAAAAACCUAUUACUAUUUAAAAGAGAUUCGUAGCAAAAUAUAUACAUAUGCGCAUACCCCGUGUAAACGAAAGGAAACAAUUUCGAAUGCAAUCAUUUUAGCUGUAACUAUAACCUGUAAUCAAAAAUGUAAGAAAAAUAUAUAAAAAUGGCUUGGCUAUACAUACACUCACA